GUCAUAACCUCUAAAUAAGACGUCAAACUUCAAAUUCAAAAUCACGAAAAAUCAAAAUCGAAGUUUUUCUGUUUUUGCAUAGGGACUAGGGUUUUUGAUUAAUAUCUUAAUUAUCCUUUCAUUGAAUAACUUUUCCACUGUAAUAAUCAAUAAUGGCUAAGCCGGUGGAUUUGGAACUGAAAAAAGCUUUCGUCGAAUUGCAAGUGAAAAUGGUUGAGACGAGUAAGAAGAUCCAGGUGAUAGACGGUCAAAUUGGUAUGCUGAAACGGGUGUUGCAACAUGCAGACAUUACUCAGCGGGAGAUCAGCACUUUACCUCCAGAAACCAAAACUUACGAGUCCGUGGGCAGAAUGUUCCUUCUAACAGACUUGGCGGAAAUCAAAAGUAAUUUAAGCAGUCGAACUGCACUGCUUACUUCACGGACAGCGGAAUUGGAGAGUAAUAAAGAAUAUUUAGAGAAAAAUCUCAAAGAAAGCGAAAACAAUAUUCGAGAAAUGGUACAACAGAAGAAGGGGCAAAGUGAGACUAAGUAAUCUUCAAUUUAUAAUUAAAAAAUUAUGCUUAGAAUAUUGGGCUUAGUAGCCUUUUAUAGUCACUUUGAAAUAUUAAAAACUAACUUUUUGCUACGUUUUUAAUAAGUAUUUAUAAACAAUGUACUAUAAAGAAAGACCAAGACAACACCUCUAAUAAAAAACUGCAUCACUAUUAAUAUGUUAUUUGUAAAAUUCAUGUUUCUGUAUUAAGUACAUUACAAACUUGUAUUGGUUGAUUUUAUUUGGAUAUGGAUGUAUUUUUAACUCUGUGCUGAGUGCACUUUAUGGUCUCUGGUUGCUUUUUAAAAAAAAUUGCAAUUCUUUUGAAGAGCUUGGAACUACGAAGGUCUGUGCUGUUUCAAAAGUUAAUUAUAAAUAAACCAUUGCAAUCAUGAACAUUAUUAGAGUACAAAGACAAAAUUAUAUCACUUUAAAUGAAUAGAUCUGAAACAGGGUUCUUACGAUUAUGGGUAGCUAUCCUAUUUACAAUGUAGGAUUUUAACGCAGCCAAGAUAGCCAUUUUACUGACAUCUAUUCCAUUAUACCAUUUUGUAUACUUACAAUGUGAACAGUGGCAUAGCUAGGUAACCAAAGGCCCUGGUGCAGAUAAAAAAAGAGGCCCCACUACUAUCUUAACUGGUUACGUUUAUUACAUAAAAUAUACUUUAUACUGUAGGCAGGGAGAACAACACAAUCAGAGAACGGGGAGUGUUGAUUGAUUGUCAAGGAAUUCCUUAACCCUACAUCCCGUACUCACAAGUUCAGGAUUCUGCUCAGAGUUUUAUUCUCUACCAUACAAUGGACCCGGCACCCAUACGGUGAAUCCAUGGAAUGCUAAGAUAUCCGUCUCAAAUGCUAAGCUACUCUAUUAUUAGCUUUUUUUCGUGCCUUACAGUGCAGGUAAUACAAAUAUUUAACAGAGAGAUAUUCUGGUAAGAUUUUGAAGGCCCAGGGAGCACUGCACCGUCUAACCUAGGUAGCUACACCCACUGAAUGUUAAUCAUAUUACAGAUAAAAAAUGUGAAGGUUUGUGUUAUGUUUGUUACUUAUUGUCAUGUAUAUAAUCUACAUAAAUUCUGUGUCUUUUCUAAACUUUAGUUGAAUUAGGUAGGUAGUUGAAUAAUUACACUUUACAACUGUCAUGUCUUGCUACCUAGCUCAAUAAACGUUAUCUAAAUUAUAAAUCGUAUUAUUUAAACAUAAUAGUGGCGACGAGACGAAAAUUUAGUGAAAAUGGAUCAUAAAGCAGUGAAGUUUGGUGAAUUUAAUCCAAAAAUCGACAUAUGGGACAAUUACAUUGACCGGUUAAAGUUUUGUUUCGAGGCAAAUGGCAUCAUGUUGGAUGGCGCCAAACGAGCGAAUUUCUUUACUGUGUGUGGAGCGGAAGUUUUUGAGACGUUUUUGGCUUUAAUUACACCAAGAAAACCGAGUGAUGUGACAUUUGUUGAAAUAGAAACAAUCUUAACAAAACAUUAUAGUCCUAAACCAAAUGAAAUUUCCGUGUCAUACAAAUUCUAUACACGUAACCAAAAUACAAAUGAAACUGCGUCAGAUUACAUUGCACAAUUGCGAAAAAUUAGCUCCAAGUGUAAUUUUAUGGACCUAGAACGAAUGUUACGUGAUCGGCUCGUCUGUGGCAUGAAAGAUCGCGGCCUACAGUACGAUCUUUUGAAAAAAGAUAACCUACGUUAUCAAGAUGUUAUAGAUGCUAUGUUAGCCGCCGAAACUGCGGGAAAAGAUUGUCACAUGAUUCAAUCUUCUGUCAAUAUAGAAAGCAGUAACACAAGUACAAACAAUACAUCUAUAAGUUCACCAGUAGAAGCCAUGGAUGUAAAUGCUGUACAGCCCAGGGCUAGCUCGCGUUUAUGUUACCGGUGUGGUGAUCGUCAUGGUGGUGAAUGCAGAUUUAUUAACGCUGUUUGCCGAUUCUGUUCUAAAAAAGGACACAUUGAAAAAAUAUGCUUAGUAAAGAAAAAAUCUUUUAAGAAGAAUAUAAAUUUUACUGAGGAACCAGAUAUACGCUUGAAUGGAAUUUACAGCAUUCAAUCUGAGACUAAAAUACUGCCUUUUGUGGUCGAAUUGUUAUUGGAAGACAUCCCUGUGGUAUUGCAAGUAGAUACAGGAGCGAGUUUUUCAUUGGUAAAUGAAUACACUUGGAAGAAGAUAAAAUAUCAAAACAAACAGAUUACUCUUCGACCAGUGUCACUUACUCUACGCACGUGGACAAACACACCAGUGAUUUUACUUGGUCAAACAACACUUCAUGUUCAGUAUAGAAAUCUAAAAUGUAACCUAAAUGUAAUCAUAGCAAAAGGAUGUGGUCCUAAUCUUCUAGGACGGGACUGGUUGAACCCGCUGAACAUAACAUUGAACAUUAAUUGUAUAUCAAGCAGUGAUCUUGUAAACAUUGACAAGACUAUUUCAAAAUAUAGUGAAAUCUUUGAGGACGAGCUGGGUACAUUUACUGGUGACCCUGUUACAAUACAUCUUAAACAAAAUGCUACACCUAGAUUUCUGAAAGCUCGUCCAGUACCAUAUGCCAUCAAAGCUAGAGUAGAGCAAGAAAUUGACCGGCUAGUGGCAGAGGGGGUACUACAACCCUUAUCUUUUUCUGAGUGGGCAACACCUGUUGUGCCAAUAAUAAAGAAGUCAGGGGAUAUCCGGCUAUGUGGAGAUUACCGUAGUACUGUCAAUCAAGCUACUGAAUCGGAUACUUUUCCUAUGCCGACAGCCAAUGAGGUAUUUGCUACAGUGGCAGGUGCAAAGUUUUUUACAACAUUAGACCUCGAUCGAGCAUACACACAAGUAAAAGUUACUGAGAGUACAGCCAAAAUGUUAACUUUAAAUACAUGCAAGGGCCUAUAUUCAGUUCAUCGGUUACCGUUCGGAGUCAAAGCAUGCCCUGGAAUAUUUCAGAGACUUAUGACAGCAUUACUGGCAGGUAUCCAGGGUGUUUCAGUUUUAAUUGAUGAUAUCAUAGUGAGUGGUCCUACAAUACUGAUUAUGCAACAAAGACUUGACAAUGUUUUAAAACGUAUACAGAAAGCUGGAUUCCAUCUUAACAAGAAUAAAUGUAAAUUUGCUCAAGAAAAAGUAGAAUUUUUAGGUUUUGUGAUCAAUGGAGAUGGUAUACACCCAGCUCCAAGUAAAGUGGAAGCUAUUUUAAAAACACCAGAACCUAAGAAUGUACGGGAGUUGCAAGCAUUUUUAGGCUUGUAUAACUUUUAUGAAAGGUUUAUACCUCAUAAGGCAACAACAUUGGAGCCGUUACACAGACUACUAGAUAAAUCUCAAACUUGGAGAUGGACCCAAAGAGAACAGGAUGCAUUUAAUAAAGCAAAACAGUUGCUAACAUUUGAAACAACAUUGGUUCAUUAUGAUUUGAAUAAACAUGUAAUUCUAACAUGUGAUAGUUCAGAAUAUGGCGUUGGAGCAGUGCUAUCACAUGUUAUGGACGAGGGACAUGAACGGCCUAUUGCAAUGAGCUCUAGGACAUUAAAUGCACAUGAGCGAAGAUAUUCACAGUUAGAUAAAGAGGCUACUGCGAUUAUGUUUGGCAUUAAAAAAUUUCACAAUUAUAUAGCUGGCAGACAAUUUACAAUAGUGACCGAUCACAAGCCGUUACUAGGAAUAUUUGAUCCUAAAAGACCUAUGCCAUCCAUUUUAUCACCUCGGCUAACAAGAAUCGCUAUAGCAUUAACAGCACAUGAUUAUAGUAUUACAUAUCGACCUGGAAGUCAAAUUGGCAAUGCAGACAGUUUAAGUCGAUGGCCGCUACCAGUCCCAGAGCAAGAAGAUCAAUCUUUGUGUGAAGUAUUGCUAAUGGCAGAAAAGGUGGAAGAUUUUCCCUACACAGCUCAUGAGAUAGCUUCCGAAACUACAAAAGAUCAGACACUUUCACGAAUUGUACAUUUCUUAAGAUGUGGAUGGCCAGGCAAAGUUACUGAUAGGGAUCUACGAACAUAUUGGUUGCACAGAACAGAGUUGUCUUUACAAGAUGGAUGUAUAUUAUUAGGAUGCCGCGUUGUUAUACCACCAUCCCUUCGACAAACCGUCCUACGCAUGCUUCAUACUACUCAUAAUGGAAUUGUUCAUACCAAGGCAUUGGCUAGGAGUUAUGUGUGGUGGCCACAAUUGAGCGACGACAUAAGUCGACUAGUUCAAAAUUGCACUAAGUGUCUGGAAAAUAGACGUAUGCCUGAGAAAUCGUCUCAUGAAUGGAUUCUUCCAUCAAAACCAUGGUCCAGAAUACAUAUAGAUUUUGCAGGGCCAUACAUGAAUAAAACAUUUCUUAUAGUAGUCGACGCUUUUUCUAAAUGGCCUGAAGUUUUUAUUGUAAGUAGCACAAAUUCUAGAACAGUGAUUGGCCAUCUAAGAAAUUUGUUUGCUACUCAUGGUAUUUGUGAAACCUUGGUCUCAGAUAAUGGUACUUCCUUUGUAUCUCAAGAAAUGAAAUUAUUUCUAGAAUCAAAUAAAAUAAGACAUGUGACGUCAGCACCUUACCAUCCUGCCACCAAUGGCUUGGCAGAGAGGAUGGUACAAACUGUAAAAGACAAACUACGCAAAAUACAUGGACCAUGGGAAGUUAAAAUUCCAAAUAUGUUAUUAGGCCUACGUGUUACACCAUGUUCUUCUACAAAUAAGAGUCCUUCAGAGCUUUUAAUGAAUAGACGCCUUCGUACUGUCAUGGAUACUUUGCAUCCAGAUAAUAUACAACAUAGAAAAAUAGAAAGUCAAGUAAUAAAAAAUGCACAGCAGAAAAACAGACAAAGUAAUAUAGGACAAAAUGUAAUGUAUAGAAAUUAUAUAAAAGGACCAAAAUGGUUACCUGGACAAAUCAAGGAAAAAGACGGUCCAUCCAGCUAUAAGGUACAAACAGGAGAAGGAACCGUCUUAAGACGACAUAUGGACCAGAUUAUUAAAGUAAAAGAGUGUGAGAACCUACCAUCAACAAGUGGAACAAGUGGUGGAAAUAAUGAAAUAAUUGAUGAUACAGAGACAGGGGAUGAUGAUAAAGCCAAUCAGGAAGAAGAAAAUCAGUAUGAAAUAGAAACAGACCCUAUAAUUGAAAUACCGAGUGCUGAGAAAUGGGAGGAGAUAUUAGGAAUACCUAAAUCAGCAGAGAUUGAUAUACCCGGAGGAAAAAUUAGAACAAAAAGAAAUGUUUAUCAUAAAGGUCCAUAUUAUAGGCCGAGUCGUUCUAAGGAAGAUGAUGGUUAAAUUUAUGUUUAUGCUAUGUAUAUCUUUUAAAUACUUUGCUAUUGUAUUUGGGAUUUAAAUUUGUUACUUACUUAUUAAUUAGUAGUUAAUUAGUAAUAUACUUGGGAGGAAGGUAUGUCAUGUAUAUAAUCUACAUAAAUUCUGUGUCUUUUCUAAACUUUAGUUGAAUUAGGUAGGUAGUUGAAUAAUUACACUUUACAACUGUCAUGUCUUGCUACCUAGCUCAAUAAACGUUAUCUAAAUUAUAAAUCGUAUUAUUUAAACAUAAUACUUAUUAUGGAGAUAUGGUUGAAUAGAUUUGGAUGAAACAAUGCAAUGUAAUUCAUUAACAAUGGUUUACUCAAUUAAUGUUUAAUUAUUAUAAUUUUUUAUGAUUAUAAUAUGUUUUAUUUAUAAAAUAUUUUUUGCAUUUCUUUUUUUUACCAUUAUUCACAUACAUAUAACUUGUCUUUGUCUCAAAUAUUAUGUGUUAUGUUAUUAUUAUAUAUUACAUCUGUAGAUGGUCAUUUUCUAUCUCUAGUCUUUUCAUCUCAUUCAUUUAAUUUAACCACUUGAUAUAGAAUGCUUCAAUAUUAUAAAGUUCUAGUUCUAGUUAUUUUGUUUAUACAAGAUGGAUUGGUUUUGAACGUAAUACAAACACAUAGGUGUGUAUUAACUAAGGGAAUGUCAGCACAUAAGAAACAGAUUGUUUUAUUAUUUAGGCCCAAGGUGAUACAGGAGGAUGUAUGUGACAUAGUAACCUGUUUACCAAAAUGUCAUUGCUUAAAUCGCUCACAGGCAUAAUAUGAUAAUUUAGGAACAUCCUUCUGUUUUGCUAAUGUUCCUUCAGUUACAUACACAGAUAUGUCUGUCUGUCUGUAUGUUCUGUUUUAAAUUAGAAAAUUGAGUAUCUGUACCACAGGCAAAUUGGCUCAUCUGAAUUUAAAAAACCUGAUUGUAUUUUAAAAUGUAACUUAUAAAAAUGUAUUUUAAAUGUUUUUGUAGGUAUAUCAAUUUUAAUCUUCAAGAUACUAUUUUUUAAUUUAUUGUAAGCUUGUUAAGUUAUACUAAAAAAAUCUACCAUUCGUCAAUUGGUUUUCUUUUCUGAUUGUUUGAAUUUAACCAUGCUACUUCUAUGUUGAGUUUAAUAUAUAUUACUGCACAACUA